CGAAAAGGAGAAGUUGAACGGGAAAAACUUCCUUGACUGGCAAAGGAACUUGCAAAUAGUUCUUAUGCAGGAAGAAAAGGAGUAUGUCCUAGAUGAGGCGAUGCCCGAAGCUGCAGGCGACGGGGUCACUCAGGCAGCCCUCAAUCGUUGGAUUGAUGCCAACAAGGAUGUGAAAUGUCUAAUGCUCGCCACCAUGAGUGCGGAUCUGCAGAAAACGUUCAUCAACUCAGAUGCUUUCACAAUCAUCAGUGAGUUGAAGAACAUGUUCCAAGAUCUGGCUCGAGUCGAAAGAUUCGAGACUCAUAGGCAAAUUCUUGAGACCAAGCUUAAGAAAGGCGAGCCCGUAAGUCCACAUGUUCUCAAAAUGAUUGGACUCAUUGAGAAUAUGAGUCGGCUGGAUCAGCAGUUUUCUCAGGAAAUGGCUAUAGACACCAUCCUCCAUUCUCUUCAUAGCGGGUAUGAUCAGUUCAAACUGAACUACAGUAUGAAUAGUCUGGACAAAACGCUCACUGAGCUUCACGGUAUGCUGAAGACCGCUGAAAAGACGCUCAAAAGUGAUAAGCAGGAUGUGCUUAUGGUGCGUGGGGGCAAGUUCAAGAAAUCUGGAAAGAAGAGGAAUGCUAAGAAAGGUGGCAACAAGGCCAGCCCAACUAAGCAAACUGGCGCCAAAUCUGUAAAGAGGAAGGUCAGUCAACCCACUUCUGAAUCCGAAUGCUUCUACUGCAAGAAGAAGGGGCAUUGGAAGAGAGAUUGCUUGAAGCUAAAGGAAGAUCAGAAGAACGGAACAGUCGUUCCAUCUUCAGGGACUAAGAAUAAGUAGAAAGUUAAGCAAGGGUGAAGUCGACCUACGAGUGGGAAAUGGAGCA